GAGAAGAGUUUCAUUGUUCAUGGCUUCUCGCAGGAAACCAUUCAUGAGUAGCUUCAAAAAACCACCAUCGACGAGUUUUGAAGAUCUAACUCCGGUAGCAAACUCUGAUUCGCAGAAUCAUUCAGCAAACCCUUCCAAUCAGGGAUCAUCAUUUGCUUCGAUUGGUAAUCUUCAAUCAAUGAACUCGAUUGAAGAUUCAUUGCCUGGAUUUUUCGAUCAGCAUCAUUCAGAAAAUCGCUCCAAUCGGGGAUCAUCACCUGCUUCAAUUGGUGAUCUUCAAUCACUAAACUCGAUUGAUAAUUCAUUGCCCGAAAGUUUCGAUCAGAUAAAUGAUCAAGAGGAGUGGGAAAAGUAUAGAAAGUGGGCAGCCACUUGUGUAGCUAUGUAUGCUUCAUAUGCUGUCAGCCUUGUCUCAAUUCUUCAUUGUCGUGAUCAUAUAAGGAAGUCAAUUUCAGAACAAGGAGAUUAUGAAAGAUAUGCCCUAAUUAAACGGCUAACGACUUUGGAAGAUGCAGAUUGUCGUAGCCAGUUACGCAUGAGCAAAGAUGCGUUUGCCACACUAGUUAGCAUGCUUAAAAGAACUCAGUUUCUUAGAGACAAUCCUCAAAGUAAAGUAGAAGAACAAGUUGCAAAAUUCCUUCAUAUAAUUGGCCAUAAUUUGAGGAACCGUACGAUCAAGUUCUUUUAUAGACGAUCAGGUGAGACUGUUAGUCGACAUUUUCAUCAAGUUCUUAAAGCCAUUAUAUCAUUGGAAGAUAUCUUUUUAAAGCAACCUGAUGGAUUCAACUGCCCUCCAGAGAUUAGAAACAAUCCCAAGUAUUGGCCUUAUUUUAAGGAUUGUGUUGGUGCGAUUGAUGGUACACAUUUUCGUGUAAGAGUGCCAAACAAGGAUGCACAAAGAUACUUUGGACGAAAAUGCUAUCCCACUCAAAAUGCUUUGGCUGCAUGUUCUUUUGAUUUAAAGUUUACAUAUAUCCUUCCGGGAUGGGAAGGAUCUGCUUCAGACUCGAGAAUAUUAGAUAAUGCAUUAACAAGAGAAAUGGAUAAAUUGAUCGUUCCUCAAGGGAAAUAUUACUUAGUAGAUGCAGGAUUUCAACUAAAAACUGGGUUCCUUGCUCCAUAUAGAAGUACUCGUUACCAUUUGAAGGAGUAUAGUGUUCAUCAACCAGAAAAUUCUCGAGAGCUUUUCAACCCUCGUCAUGCAUCUUUGCGAAAUGCAAUUGAAAGAGCCUUUGGUGUCCUAAAGAAAAGGUUUCCAAUUUUAGGAAGUGGGACAGAGCCAUAUUAUGAUGUUGACACUCAUGCAGAUAUUGUUUUGGCUUGUUGUAUUUUGCACAACUACCUCAUGGGUGUUGAUCCCAAUGAAAGUCUUAUUGAGGAGGUUGAUACAGAGCUUAGAAGAGCACAAGUGCAAUCUAACGUGGCUAGAUCAAGUUUAGCUGAAGAAUGUAGGGAAGGAGAAUUGUUAAGGGAGCGAAUAGCUACUGACAUGUGGAGAGAUUAUGAUAUAAAUCUUCAAUGACAAUCAAAUUAUAAUAUGGAUUUUGGAAAACAGAGAGGGGCUAGAAGGGUUAUUUGAUGUUCUUGUUCUUGUUCUUGUUCUUAUG